UGCUAUUGGCCGGCGCUGGUCACGUGAUCAAAACAGUGUCAUGGCGGCGUCCACAGCGGUCCGGGCGGCCGUGAGCUUCACUCAGCGGUUCGUCCGAGUUUCACCGGACUGCAGCGUUUGUCCGCUCUACCGACUGAACGUGUGUGCGGGAGCCGCGGUCGGACGCGUGGUCGACGGGUUUUCAGCUCCUAACAGACGCCUGGGGACCAGCAUCGGUGUGUGUCAGAGUGCAGACAGCAGCUCACCGGAGGAGGACGAGCGAGUUGUGAAUGUGGUGUACAUCGAUCGCUCCGGUCAGAGGAUUCCCGUCCAGGCCAGGGUCGGGGAUAACGCUCUUUACCUGGCGCACAAGCACGGCAUUGAGCUGGAGGGCGCCUGUGAAGCGUCUCUGGCCUGCUCCACCUGUCACGUGUACGUCAGCAGCGAACACUUCGAGAAGCUUCCAGAACCUGAAGAAAGGGAGGACGAUAUGCUGGACAUGGCGCCGAUGCUGCAGGAGAACUCGCGUCUGGGCUGCCAGAUCGUCCUGACCCCGGAGCUGGACGGCAUGGAGCUGACGCUGCCCAAGGUCACCAGGAACUUCUACGUGGACGGCCACGUGCCCAAACCUCACUGAGAAUGAAGGAAGGCUUCACGUGAGACACAGCUCACAAAGCACUGUGGGAUACGAAACUAAACGUCUCUUCCUCAGUGAGCGGGUUAUAGGCUCUGAGCUUCUCUCCCGCUGAACUCUCGAGCUCCAGCUGAAUUUGGUCCACAGGUGUUUCCACAUGAAGGACUCCGGCGAGGCGCUUCAUUAUCCUUCAUAUAACCACAACAUUAGAUAUCUUGGUUUAAAGGGUUAGUUCACCCAAAAAUGAAAGUUCUGUCAGUAAUCACUCGUCCUCACGUCGUUCCAAACCCGUAAGACCUCCGUUCAUCACAUUACGGUUGAGCCACUGACGUGUAUUUUAACGAUGUCUGGCUCUUGAACGUUUCAGUUCUGUUGCAGUCUAUGCAGGGUCAGAAAGCUCUGGGAUUUCAUCAGAAAUAUCUUCAUUUGUGUUCUGAAGAUGAACGGAGGUCUUACGGGUUUGGAACGACGUGAGGGCGAGUGAUUAAUGACAGAACUUUAAUUUUUGGGGGUAACUAACCCUUUAAUUUUCCAGAUUUAAGAAUUUGCUUUUCUUUGUAUUAAUAAAAUCAAGCCUCUUUUAGAGCCAUUGAGGUUUUCUGCAUCAUUGUUUUUAUGAGUACUACAUUACUGUAGUACAAUAUGUUAUCGAUGUGCAACAUAUACUACUGUGAUGCAUAAACAGGCUUGGUUUUCUUCAUACACUUCUUAUUUCUUUGUUGUUUUUGUGGUGAAGUAUGAGCUGGACACAAUCUCCACACGUUUUACCCAAAAUAGAAACAUUCCACUUCACAAAUAAUUUCAGGCUUUUAGAAAUGUGAACAUGUUCAGACUCUAGUUCUGGACACGGCAGAAAGAGUCCCGCUGCACAUCUGCUCUGAUGUAUGAUGGGUCUGUUCUUCCACCUGUCCCUGAUCCAGCAGAUGUAGCUUCUCUGGAGUCUGUGUUUUACACUGAGAGACAGUCAGCAGCUGCUGUUCUGCACACCAACCUGUUAAACGCACAUUUAUCCGCUCUCUUCUCCAGUUAUUCAAAAAUAUGUAGAAACCACAGAUCUGCUGAAGGUUUAUACAGUAUUAAAAAUGUCAUGUUUGAUUCUGAUGUAUAAAAUAAACAAUCACGUGUCAUAA